GUGUAUGUUUUAUUAACUCGUAAAGUCGCUCAGCAGUAAUAUAUUAUAUAAAUAUGUCCCAUUACAGUGUUUAUAAUCGGUAGAGGAUACGCUCGCUAAUUCCGAACCCCCCUCCUUCCGUUAAACCCGUGAAUGGAUCCUUCCGGCUCUUUAUCCAGGCUGCGAGAGGAAGGCAGAGCCACAGUCGGUGCUGGUCUGUCCUGAGUACACUCCACUUGCUGGCCUCAAACUGAAAGAGGGGGAAAAAAAGCAGCUUUUAAAUCAACUAGAAGACGCUUAGACCCCCUUUUAGCAGCUCAUUUCAGUUCACUAAUCAGAGCUGCAAAAAGAAAAGAAGCUAAUUUGACUUUUAGAGAGGUAAAGAAGAGAGAUUAGAGAGGCAGAGGAGGGCGUGACAGGGAGCCAGCCGAGCAGGCAAGCUGCUACUGCAGGGGGAGGAAGAGCAGGCGAUGCAUCAGCCAAAGCCAGAGGUCAAGAAAAAACGCGACAGAAUAGUGAAAAGGUAGACUCAGAGGGAGAGAGGAGGGUCAUUUGUGAUCUGAGCCAGAAACCAGCCUCUCUUUGUUGUUGUGUAGGGACAACCGAGCAGAGAGGAGGAUGUGAAGGAGAGCAGCAGGCAGAAAGGGAGGCGACUGCAAGAAAGACAAGAACAAAAAUGCUCUCAGAGAUGAUGUGCAGGAGGAGCUGCCAGCAGCAGCAGCAACAGCAACAGCAGCAGCAGCUGGAUGGGAAGGGGGCUCCACAGAGGGACCCUUCCAGCCGCAGGAAGCACGGCUGGUCCAAGAGCUGCAGGGGGCGCAUGCAGGGGCGCAGGGCAGGAGGGGGAGGGUGGCCAAGAGGGCGCAAGCAACAGCAGCACCCUCAGCGUCAUCAUCCCCAUCAUCCCCAUCAUCCCCAUCCACCCCGACACUUUCCGAGGCCGGUGAUGUCCCUCCGGCCCGUCAACGUCAAAGGGAACCGCGCGAGGGGGAUGCGCGCCCCCAAGAACACCAACCAGUUUCUGAUGCACGAGAAGUACCAGAUGCUGCACAUGCGCUCCGACUCCGUCGGGAGCGACAGCGGCAGCUGCUCCGACAGCGACGUGGAGCUCACGGACAUGGACUCGUACCUGGGCGUCCUGGAGAACGCGAGAGGAGCCCUCUUGGACAGUCCCAACCCGCACGGCUCGACGCCGCCACCAGGACAGAUUGUGCUACUGCAGGAGGACGGUCUGCGUCUGCAGGAGGACAGUUUGCGUCUGCAGGAGGACAGCAUGCAGUAUUUCCCCUCUGAAGAUGACCUGAUUAAGAGCCAGAAUUUCAUGCAGAGGGACUUUGUUGAGUUCUGUGACAUCCUGACACCCUGAAGGGGAACUUUCAGGGGGCCAUUUUGUUCUCAGCAGUGUGAAACUCAAACCUCUGACGGAGCGGGGUCAGGUUUGUUCAUGCUCAUAGGCAAUUUAAAUAAUAAUUUAAGAUAUGUGUUAAGAAUCUGCUCGCAAAGGUGAAAGGAUUCCAGCAGAAUUGAACUUUAAGAAAAUAUUUUUUAAAUCAAGUGUCAUUUUCUUACUUGUGCAGUUAUCUGCCGUAGUUCAUCUUUUUUUGAAGAUGCUGAUAAAGAAAAGAAAAGUUACAUUAUCUCACCAUGUUGGUAUUUUUCUAGGGUUUAAGGACACAAACCUGAACUGAAUGCAAACUUAAAUGACAUUAUUAAGAGAGAUGUUUUUUUUAAACUUUUCAUAUUUGGUUGAUCAUGUGCUGUAAAGUGCUGCCUUUCUGUUGUUGUUGUUGUUGCACACAAAGAGAGGCGGGUUGGAUGGUGGGAGUGAGCCCAAACAGCCAAUCGGCAUCGUGCUGGAUGGAUUAGGCUGCAGAUGAUUGGCUGAUGCGGACCGUCAUUAACCAAAAAAAAAGGCCAUUUACUGUACAAAAUAUAAAAAGAACAAAAACAAUUACAAAUAAAAAAUCUGAUUGAUGUAACGUGG